CGUGUCGUUGUGUUUGUGAUGAGUCUCCAUUUCUUUUUGCUUCAGUGAUUAACAUGUUAUAUCAGUUUAUAGAAGAGCUGCAUCUGUAAUUUCAGGUAAAAGAAAAAGAUACAGUGUAGGAACAUUAAGUGGCUAGAAAGUUGAAGCGUCGGUGGCGGGCCACAGGAAAAGGCCCACUUAUCGAUUCUUAACACAUGUGACCUUGACAGCUGGCGAUAUUAUUGCUUUGCACAACGAAUUUCUUGUCUUAGUGCAAACUGUGAUAUUUGUGUCGGCCGAAGGGAAGGGGUGAACGCCUUCCCGUUGUAAGAGCAAAGAACAAGUUACCUUCCUGUUCUGGCUGUUCAGGUGAACAAAGCACGAAUUAAAUAUCCUCGACUCUUUCUUGGAAAAAGUUAUGCAGACAGUUACAUCAUGGUUUCAAGAAAAUAAAAAAAAUUGUGGCGAAGACGUCCACAAGGCAGUCACCAGGCUUCUUACCUCCGAGGUAGACUCGAGUGUGUGAUUUUUCCUGGAUCGCAAGAUACAAAAUAGAACUUUUUCUUUAAGCUGAAGUGAAGUUAUUUUUGUGCGAGUGGCAUCACUGGCUUGAGGCGCGGAUCAUGCCUGCGGGGGAGUUCUGAUAAAUUCAUGACUUUGCCCAAGUCCGGGGAGCAGCGCCAUUCGCAGUCGAGGAGCGGCAGCGCGUCGGAGGUGCACUUGCUCACCGGCUCGAGGACGAGCGUGUCGCCCAGCCCGCGUACCGAGCGUGAGGAUGAGCGCGCGCGAGCCGCCGCGGCCCAGCUCCCUCCCGCGCCCUGCAACGACGCCGUGAUGCCGUAGGACGAGCCAUAGUCGGUGCAAGAAUAUUUCGAGGGCCACAAAGCGGGCACAAUAUCCUUGGUGGUGAAGUACCGCCCUGCCACCAUGAGUCACGGAGAGUCGUGCGCGGGUGUGGUGGGAGCGGGCGUGGGCGUGGGCGGCCACAAGAAGCUGCGGCGGAAGAGGAAGGAGCUGGACGCGCUGGUGCCCGAGGACAAGGUGCGCCGCAAGUCGUCCUCGGCUUCGCACCACGACCUCCUGCGGUCCGACUCCGAGGACCCUGAGGCCGACUACGCCAGCGUGGGCGUCGUCAGCAAGAGGGUGAUGGGCGGCGUGGGGCCAGGCACGGGCAUAUGGGCGUGCCUGCCUGGAGCCUGUACACUGCUCCUGCUUCUCACUACGCUCGUGGGCGUGGCCGCCGCCCUCAGGUUGCUAAUGCUCACUCGCCGGGACCUGGACUCGCUGCACACCAGGAUCAACUCAGUGGAGGCGAGCAGCUCGGAGCUCCCGGCCAAGUUCCACGAGUCGCACGUGCGACUGCAGGAGCUCGAGAAGAACCAAAGCGCCCUGUGGGCGCACGUCAACGAUGUCUCGUCGUCGCUCGCGGCGGCCAACAAGAGGGUGGAGCAGCUGGAAAUAGAUGUGAAAACGAUAAAGGACUCCCUGAGCAGUGCCCCACAACUCUCGUCCCUCCCGAAGGACGUUGCCAAUCUGCAGGGCUCCGUGGCAACAUUCGGCUCCACCCUCCAGGAUGUCCAGUCGUCCCUGAAGGUGGUCAAACAGGACCAGGAUAAGCUGUCAGAGGAUAUGAAGGCAGCCAGUGCCUCCAUUGAUAGUGUCAAGAAGGAGAUAUCAGUGUUGCACAAUCAGACAGUGAUGGAUGGUGGAAGAGAAAGUGGCUUUGGAGGUUCUGAGACAGUGGGGGAGGCAGUAGUGAACUUGAAGCAGCAUGUAAAUUCUCUGACCUCAGCCGUGGGAGCAGUCAAUGCAUCAUUACACUCCCACAUAGAUGAAGCCUCCACAUCCCUGCACAAGCUCGAGAAUAUUGGAGUGUCUGCAGCAGAUUUGAAUAAUGUAACACAGAGGAUGACAACAAUGGAGGCUUGGCGUGAAACCAUAGACUCAAGCUUGACACCACAGGUCACAAACCUUAGUUUAACAACAUCUCAACUCCAGGCCAGCAGUGACCAUCACUCCCAAAUACUACAGAAUGUCACUCAGAGCGUGGAAGUUGUAAAGGGCGUUGAGAGAAAGCUGGAGGGCAGUCAGGUACAGCUUGCAAGUGGAGUCAGUGACCUCAAGCAGCAGAUACAGAAGGUGGAUCAAAAAGUGAACAAUCUGUUAGAACAGUCCAGCACUCCUGCUCCACAGGCAAACAACGAAACACAUUCUCGUAAGCAGAGAUUAACACAAGCAGAUUCAGGAACUUUAAGAGAUAAAAGAGGACCUUGAUAUGUGAAGGAGGAGUCUGCAGCAUUGCUACGAACAUUAUGUGCCAAUAAUGCUCUGUUUGCAUCCAAAGAAGUUUAACAUCACAAGACAUUAGCAGUUUGAAGCUUUGUAUUCCAUCCUGCUGUAGUAAGCUAGCUAGUGCAGAUUGUAGGGUCUUCUCAUAGAGUCACUUUCCAAACCUUGUAAUAUGUUUGUGAAAAAGCCAGUAUGUUUUAAUCUUUUUAUGAAUUUGAAUUUAAAAGUUUGUUAUGUUUUUGCUUUUAUCACUAGAAUGUUUUAUGAUUAUAAGGAUUCCAUUGGUAGACACAUUAGCAUUAAGUAGCCUCACACAAUUAAUGACAGCUGAUAAUUUUAUUGCAUGACAAUGUAUUGAUUAGCUUUCUUUUUAGCCAGGAAAUAGAAAUACUCCCAGUACUAUAUGUGUAAAUAUUGCAUCAACCAUGACCAUCCAACUUCAUUGUAAACAUUUUUUUAUGAAGCAAUAUAAAUUUUUGAUACAGUACAUACAAAAAAAUAUCUUGUUACAGACCUUUUUUUCCAUGGGAUAUUUCAGCAAUUUACCACAUAUUCAUAUUUCUAUGGUGAUGGGAGGUUUUCUGCAAUUUUGGCAGUGGAGCUAAAGAGAAAUUGCCAGAGUUGGUAAUAGAGAACCACUUUCUCAAGUAGAUUAUUCUGUCAAGCAUAAUCUAGAAACGCAACCAUUGGUGAGCACAGUAUCUCAGCUCAGUCAGACCACUUUGUAAUCAGGAAGGAAAUCUUAUUUGCAUAAUUUUUUGUAGUCAUGUGUUGCGUUUGAGAGAUGUCUAGUGCUGAAAUCUCGUGUAGAGACCAGUGUGUAGGACUUUUUAUUAUGGCUGAAUAUUUUCUACAUGGUUGUGUAAUGUUAUUCAGAUUGUGAUGCUCUAUACUCUUGCUAGUUUAAAGCAAAAAGACAUUCAUGUAUAUGUUAUAUACGGUUCUUUCAAAUGCUUCAGAAAUUAUUGUGAAGUGUGAACCACAUUUUUGCUCAUGCCAGUUAUAUGGACACAAAAAAGUCCCGUAGUAUUUAUUUAGAUAUAAAAGAGGGACCUUGUGGAAUUAGGUUAUAGUUCUUCCUGCUGCUUUAUUUCAUCUUGACAAUGAAUCAUCAAGUUAAAUUGGAAAGAUGAUGUUAAUUCAAGUGUUGAUAUUUUAUUUGUAUAAUAUCUAAUAUGUUUAGAGCAACAAAGCCUAAACCACUGUAUUGUAAAGAGAUAACACAGCAUUCCUAAAUUAUAAGUGACUUCACUUUGUUAUAUUAUAAUGGUCUGGAAGUACUACAGUCCAUUUGUUGCAGAUGAUAAAGACCCCUGAAGUGAUGCCCAGUGCAAAUAAUGAACUAAGAAGUACCAGUAUAAACCCUCAACAAAAGCUCUCAUUUCACUUUUUUUUCCGAGUGACAGCUAAAAAGAUGAACAGCACACCAAAUCUUUGUGGUUUCUUGCUUUAUUGCCCUAAGGUCCCUGUUGUAAAAAGGAAAUAAUAAUAAUAAUCAUAACGAAUACAUAAAGAAAUACAUAACUAAAUAAAGAUUAUUAGGGGCCAGGUAUUUGUAACUGAGGCUCAAGCCACUUUUUAGUAAAUCAUAGAAGCCCCUGCAGAUGAUUCCUCCUUCAGUAGCCUCUUGAUUCUAGGUGAUCCCAUAUCUCAUCCAGACAAGCCAUCCAACUUGUGCUUAGCAGAUAUUAUCAUGUUAAAUGUUACCUAUUUUAGAGUUGUAGAUAUAAGUGUUGCAAAAACUAUCUAGCAAAAAAUACUUUACUAUUGUCAUUUCAUGGCAUCUAGAUUUAUACCUUAGGUAUGCUUUUUCAAUGUUUUCAGUGUUUCACAUUUCAUAGCAGUAGCCAAGCUUCAAAGAAAAAAUAUAUAAUGAAGCUACAAUAAGCUUAGCUUAUGGCACAUGGAUGUGGAUUUUCCUCAAUUAUAUGAAGAGAGUAAUUGUUAGAAACGUUUGAACAGUUAUUGAUAAUAGCCCAGGUCUGCUACUCUGGCAUCGUUAAUUUCUGAACCAAAUUGCAUAAAUGAGGUAUGCUUUAUAUAGCUUUUUAUCUGUUACCCAUGUGCUGCUAUCUGUUAUUAGAAUUUAUUUUUAAAGUCUAGUCUCUGGCACUAAUGUAUGGUUGGUAGUCUUAAGGAGAACAAGUAGUUUAUUGUAGAAUCUUUAUGAAAAUUUAUUUGCUUUGUCCAUUUUUUCUUUUUGUACUGUUGAAUUAUUGCAUUUCUUUGUAUUUGUUUGUGUGGUAAGGUGAAGAACAAGGCAUUACAAGUCAUUUGUGGUGUUUUGCUGUUACAUGAAAUGCAUGUCUCACAGCCUUUCAUAUCACAAAUAAUGUAUUCUUUAUAUGAUGAAACAAACCACAUAUUCAGACUUUCUGGAGAUUAGUUUUCUAUACAAGCUGCUAUAUCUUUACCUGUGAUAGCUAAAGAAAAACAAAGUUGAGAUACAAUUUUGUUUCUUAUAGUGAUUUUCAAGGUGAAUUGUGAGUUAUAAGACAGUGUGACAGAUCAAGUACAUAUUCAGAUACCAAGAUUUUCUCACUCUUGUGGGGUUCUAGAUGCAAUAUUUGUUUCUGCUAAGGUUUGGAGUAACUUCGGUACACAAGAAAAUAGAUGUGGUGAAUUGAUCUUUUAUUAAUUUCAAUUUUUUCUUUGCUUAAUAUUUUAGAAUCAGAGGACUGCAUUAGUAAAUGGUCAUGAAAAAAAUCAAGGCUUCUUCAAUUAUCAAUGCAACAACAACCAUAAGCAGUGCAAAGGUAAUCACAGGAAAUUAAAACAAGGUCACAUUACACAUAAGUAUGCAUGUUACAUAACAGUUUGAGGCAUUUUAUCAGUGUUAAGGGGUUAUUAAGGGGAGGUAAAUAUUUGAUAAAGUUUAUACCAGAAAUGUAAUUAUUUUCUGUUUACUAAUAUCUCAAUUGUGAAUUUCAUUGAAUAAGAACUUUUGUUAUAUAUCAGACCACAACAUUCAUCACAACAGUAGCAGCCAUGGCUAAGGAAUGGAUACAGUAAAAAAAAGGAUUGAGUGUGUUUCAAGAGUUUGAAAAAAUUGUAUAGCAAAUUUUCAAAUGCAUUAUGAUAAAAAAGACUUCUCUUUUUCACCCAGUGAUAUAGAAAAGUGAUUUUAAAUAGAUGUGGUAUAUUGAUAGUUUUCUGAAGUUUUUAUCUUGGUAUUCCUCUGAAAGGGGAAUUAUCUUCUCUUCUUUUUCAGAGUUUUGCCUUACUUGUUCUUCAGUGUUGAUAAUCUAAUUUCAGCAACUUAGUUCAUUGAGUCUUUACCAUUUUUUCAACCUUAAGGGUCAGUAAUAACCAAUAAAUAUUCACCAACUUAUUACUCUGAAAAUAUGAAAAGCCUGAACAUAUUUUGUACAUUCCACAAAUGAAAGAACUACAUGAAAGUAAUACAGAAGUCAUGUUUUUUUUUUUUUUUUUUUCAAAUCAUUUAAGGGUUUAAUUUUUGUAAUUUACUGGAUUUCAAGAUUUUUAAUAGUUUAAAUUUUGUAAUUUACUAAAUAUCAAGUUUUUUUAAGUUGAAUAUUUUUUUUUUUUUUUCUCUCUCUCUUCUUGAUAUUCGUUUUGAUUAUUGCUCUUAUGCAUAUACUGUUAUACUUACAUAUUGUGCUUAAGCUACUGUUAUCUCCUGGUGAGUAAUGCUGGUGAACUUAUUUUUAAAAUUUCUUUCCACAUAUAUUACUGGAUUUUGUUAUUCUCUGAUGAGAUGUCAGGUCUUGAGAAAUAGCUUUAAUGAUUAUAAUUUUAGUUGCAGUAAAAAUAUAAACACCAUGCUCAUUGCCUUCACCUCAUAGGUGAAUAUAACAUGUGUUUUUUCCAUGUCUGUAAGUUAAUAUGUAUUUCAUUUUUUAUGCAUGUAUUCAAUAAUUUAGCCAGAACAAUAUUAUUUUAUUAGUGAAGUGUUAAAGGUUAAUAUUAAAUACUUUGUUAUAACACAAUAACACAAUAUAUAAAUACUAAGUUAUAACAGCUCUCAAUAAAAAUUCCAGUGAAGAUUUGCAGUUUAUAUAUGUUAAAAGUUUAUAUUUUAGGCUUGGUAGGUGUCAAUCAAAAUAAAGUUUCACUUUUUUUUUUUAUGCAAGCUACUGUUGCUGCUCACAACCACUAUUCCAUUAAUGUAUAUCUCAGUCCAAUUGUUUGCCACUGUAUCAUGAUGAUGGUGAAUAAUCAACAAGUUUUAAGAUAUUAUGUUGAGAGUAGACUGUAACUGCUGGUACAAAACAAUGAUGAAAAUACUUUAUUAGGAAAUUGCACAUGUAAAAGAUAUAUGUGCCUGCUGAAGAUGGCCUAGAAACAGUUUUUACAAAAAAAUUUAAGUGGAAUUAUUCAUCUUCAGUUUUAAAAUUCAAAUUCAAGCUUUCUAUGGCAGGAAAUAGCAAUAUACUACUUGGAUAUAUUCAAAAGAUAGGAUGCCCAGUAUCAUAAUCAAUGUUUAGUUUUCAUAUUGUUAUCAUACCUCAAGUAAAUCAGUUCAAUGAUUUUUCUUUCACCAUUCCAGGGGUAUUUUUAAUAUUCAAGGCUAUAUUUUGCAAAUAUGAAAUGACUUUCAUUACAGACUUUUAUUUAGUUAUUGUAGAUUUUCAGCAUGAUGGAAGAGAAAAGUCCUAACACAUGCAGACUCUAUACUUGAAUCCUUAUUUCAAGUAUUAUAGUUAUGGCACUGUAAUUUUUUUAUUUUGAAUUAUUCACUAUCAGAUAUAGAUGUGUGGUAUUUAUGACUGAAAAAUUAUAUUUUAGGAUACUGAAAUACAGGUUGAUAUUUGUAUGCAUAAAGAGGUUUUUGUUUUAUGUUUUUUUAUACUUUUAAACCUAAUUAUUUACUGGAGAGGUAUGAUUUUCUUUUUUUCAAAGUUACAUUUUUGUCUUUGCUUUAAUUCUCCCCUAGCAAAGAAAAUUCUGUAUAUCAUAAGAGUCAUGAGUCGUAGAAGAUCACGGCUGAUCGGGGUGUCAUUUUAAUCCAGCUUCAUGUAACUUGGGAAACCAUGUCGUGUACACUGAACCCAUCGAGUAUUGUAAGAGUCUUUAAUUUGUUAAAUUUGAAGAAUAAAGAAUGAAUUUCUCA